CAACAAAUACGCGGUAUAUCUCCAGUCAACUUGUCUUUUUGGAAAGGUUAAAAUUUACAGGAGAGUAUUUUAUACGGGAGGACAGCGGGAGAGACGUAUAAACACGGGAGCAUCCCGAGAAAAAUGGGAGGGUGUGGCCUUCAAACUUGUAAGGUUUAAUGGCUAUGCUAAAUCAUGCUAUCCUCGAAGGAAAGGUCUCUGCUGUUUUCUAAUGGCUUCUAGAAUCUCCACAGACGUCUCUGCUAUCCGCCUUCUCCAGCGGCAGUUUGAGCAAGUUAGUUAGUCGUGUUAAAUAGGUCCAUCAUUAAUAUGUAACCAGACAUCUUAACCGCACCCACUUGGUGACUCAAAUGCUGUGACAAGCACAAUAACUAGUCGCAGGCCACACGGUUUUACGAGUUUGCUUGUGCGUGCCUGAGUUAGCCGACGUUCAUCCUCGUGCUAAGAGCGAAAGGGACCAGGGGGCGAACCAUGGAGAAAGUAAAACAGUGUCUACAGGGAGUGGAGCUUGACAGCCGGGCAGCUGCCCUACUAACAGGUGCUGCAUGCGUCGCAGGAGGUCUGUUGGUGUUGGUGCGGAAGGUCAACAGCCAUCAAGAGGCGAAGGACAAGAUCCGGAGAGCAAGAGACCAGAGAGAUGAGAGCCUGCAGCGGGCUGAGCAGGCUGUGCGCCACUACAAGAAAUCGAGAGCUGAGAAUCCGACAGACUCUGCCCUCAUUUUGAAGCUGUCCCUGUCUGAGCUGACAAAGCAACUGCAGGAAGGCUCACUGAGCCCCGAGGAAGUGUUUUACUCUUACAUGGAAAAGACUCUGGAUGUUAACAAAAAGCUCAACUGCUGCACUGGGAUCUUGUUGGAGAGUUUUGACGAGCUGAAAACUGUUGCCUCCAAGAAGGAAGGUCUCUUGUAUGGAGUUCCAGUUAGCAUCAAAGAAAACAUUGAGUACAAGAAUCAUGACAGUUCUUGCGGUGUCCUCAUUAAUUUGGAACAGCCGUGCCAGAAGGACAGCGUGCUUGUGGAAGUUUUGAAGAGACAAGGAGCUAUUCCCUUCGUGAAAACUAACUUGCCCCAAGGCCUACUAAAUUAUGACUGUGGUAACCCCAUCUAUGGUCAGACCGUGAACCCCCACAACCCCCAGAAGACCUCCGGAGGUUCCUCGGGUGGGGAGGGGGCUCUCAUCGGUGGAGGAGGCUCCGUGCUUGGUUUAGGCACUGAUAUAGGGGGUAGUAUCCGCAUUCCUUCCUCAUUUUGUGGAAUCUGUGGCUUUAAGCCAACAUCAGGUCGGCUCAGUUCACGGGGUGUAAGACCGAUUGUUCGAGGGCAGAAAACAGUGCUGUCAUCUUCUGGACCUAUGGCAAGGGAUGUGGACACCUUGGCUCUGUGUAUGCAGGCUCUGCUCAGUGACCACAUGUUUUCCUUGGACCCCACUGUUCCACCCAUACCUUUUAAUGUACAGGUAUACCAGAGCUCCAAACCUCUGAGGAUCGGUUACCUAGAGAAUGAUGGCUACACAGGACCGUCUCCAAGCAUGGUCCGAGGCAUCAGAGAGGUCAAAGCUCUCUUAGAGCAAGCAGGGCACACUUUGGUGCCCUACAGUCCCCUGAAGAUCAGUCACGUAACCACCGAACUGAUGGUAAAGGGUGUGUUAGGAGACGGAGCUACCAGCCUGCUUCAAAAACUGAAGGGGGGCCCCGUGGACCCCUGUCUCAAAACACAGGUUUUCCCUUACUAUUUUCCGAACUGGUUGAAGAGAACUCUCUCAUUCCUCCUCAAGCCCCUGUCUCCUCGUAUCCCAAGCAUCCUCAGUGCUACCUGUGGAGUUGGGUCUGUUCCAGAUCUGUGGAAGCAGCAUGCUGCUGUUGAGGACUACGUUCAAGAAACCAUAGCAGAGUGGAGAAGAUUCAACAUAGAUGUGCUGCUGUGCCCUAUUGUUGGACCAGCCUACAACUUCUUAUACUGCGGCAAGCUUAACCACGUUCUCUCGUACACAAUGCUUUACAAUCUCCUCAACUUUCCUGCCGGGGUUGUUCCUGUUUCCACGGUGACUGCUGAGGAUGAGGAGGAACUCAGGCACUAUAAGGGCAGUUAUCAGGACUUCUUGGACAAGCUCUUCAAAGAGGCUGUGGCUGGAGGUGUGGGUCUUCCCGUGGGUGUGCAGUGCGUCGCCCUGCCGUGGCAGGAUGAGCUCUGCCUGCGCUUCAUGAAGGAGGUUGAACAACUGGUCAAACAGAGCAGAAAGUAAGGCCUGGAGGCCACAGGUGGGGCUGCCAACUUCAGGGGCUGCACAUGAAAUUCGCCCUGAAUAUGUCUAGUGAAUGUGGAAACACUAACAAUGAGAGACUCUGGGUACAUUAAUGUUGAAGGUGCUCUCUUAAUUAGAAAUAAUCAUCAUUAAUAACUGCAUAACAUACAUCCUUUGUUAACCACACUAAAACAAAAUGAAAAGUGAGUUAAGUUCAGGAAAUAUUGCUUUAGAGAAAGGAAGUUGAGUAUUAAAAAACCUUUAAUAUUUUGAGUUUCACUCUUCUGCUCUAUGAGGAUGAACUCCUAAACGUUCUGCUCUUUGGCUUUUUAGGGUCAUAAUAAGGAUAUAAUGAAAGCCACUGGUUGAUGAGGUUAACAACUUUUAUGUGCUUUUUACAAAUGUGUUAUUCAUUGAUUGACAAACCUCAAGGUUUUAACAAUGAAUUAAAUUAGUAUUUUAUUAGGAACAUAUUAACUUAAACAUUCUUGGUUUUGAUAAACAUUUUGCUUUAAAAUUAAGUCUGAAUUACAUCAACAGGCACGAUCAUAUGAUCUUUAUGUUUUUGUCUUUUUAGUUUCCUGUUGUAGGUGCAAAAGGUCCUGCCAUUGUUUAAUAUUUGAUGCAAUGUAGCAUGAGGGGAAGGAGAUUGAUUUCAUGUCACCUUCAGGCAAAGAAUCAACGAAAACCACAUGCAGAAAUUGUUGAAAAUUAGGAUUUAUAAUGAAUAUGGAAAAUAAUAUUGUCUCCUUUAUAAGAGCUGACAGCAGGGUGAUGUGAUGACU